AGUACCUGCUGAGAACACUCACACUGUUCGGACACACACACACAGAGGAUGAGGCUUGUGGCUCUGGUCGUGGUGUGCGGGCUGAUCGUGGGUCAGGAUGGAGGAAGCAUGGGAGCAGCUCUGCCGGGACUCGACUCUGCACAGAGGACAGGAGCAACAGGUUCACUCCUCUCUGCGCUCAGGAGGAGGACUGCAGGAGAGUUUUUUGGGGAGGAUUCCAGCCCGUGUUUCUCUCUGAGAGAGAACGAAGAGCAGCGGCAGCUCCUGUGCAACGACCGCAGGAGUAAAUUCAACUUCAACCCGUUCGGCCUCCGCUUCGGGAAACGCUACAUUUACAGAAGGGCCCUUAAAAGAGCCAGGACGAACAAGUUCUCGCCCCUUUCUCUCUUCUCGCGAGAACUGGAGGUGCCUAUCUGAUGCCUACUGAUUUGUCUUCCUCUGAGGACUUGUGUCCCAUUGGUGAAAAGUCAACAUGUGACAAGUCUUUCCAUGUGUUUAAAAUAGGCCUUUUACUUCAGAUAAAAGGUUUCGGUGAAUUAAACUUUUUGUACCUA